AUAAAGAGAAAGAAUAAAGCACAAAUUAGUACACUCUUACGGAGAUAUGUACGUGCAAGGAUGUGCCAAAUAGCUUGUUCAGAGUCACACAAUUGAGCACAUGUUCAUAAUAUAAGCACGAACAUUCCACAGACAACGGAUUACAGUCCCUCCUUCUACUUAAAACACCAUGCAACUUAGCAUAGUUAGCCAACUGUUUCACUCCUCAGAACUAUUUAUACUCCUUUCAGAAAGAGGUACGCACCGAUGGGCUCAUCCUCAUUCUUCCAGUUUGCAUACCGGCAGUAUGGGGUCACCAUGCAACAAGAACAUAAUUGCAUGUUUCAACACAAUAAAGCCUACCAGAAUAUCCCCCAGUUCCCGGACAAUCAAACCCGGCACCAUGUGCUCCUCUUCACACAUCACUGUAGUUCGAAGCGGCCAAAGCAAGGGGAAAAACUUUCCCCGACGGAUUCGAAGGGAGCAACUCGCCUACUGGGAUCAGCUGAAGUCGGUUGUUAUUUCCAGGUAACCCUUGACAACCGUACGGCUGGGUAACGUGUGGUAUGUGUUUUGGCCCCAGGAUACAGCGUUAGUCACACCGCGUGAGGAACAUGCUUUAGCCUGAUGGCCGGCCUCGAGGGUGGUGGUGGUGCUAGGGAAUGAAACAUUGUACGAAAAAGUACUUUCCAUCGAAAACGAACCGAGGGUCUGAAAGCAACGACGACGACGACGACGACACCAACCAAACCAUCGAACACCUUCUCUGUUUAUGGUCCGUAAAUAGUAUUUCUUGGGUCGUGCUAGAACGUGGUUCUCGAAUGUGAAACGGUCGGCGUGUUUAGGUUCAUGGUGUAUAUUCUUCUAGCAUAAUUUUCACUUAGCGCUAAAAUGUCUAAAAUGAAAUAGUGAACUUCGCAUAGUGUGCCUGGGAGGAAAGAUACAAUUCUUGUGUAAUUCUGUCGACUAUUGAGUGUAAUAUCCAGUUCCCAGCAAUUCUACCCAAAGUGAAAUGGAUGAGCAAAUGAGAAAAAGUAUCUUCAAUAGCGCAAACAGGAUGAUACGUCAAGCUAACAAAUCGUCAGAAACAAGGACACAGUGCUUUUAUCGUUGUUGGUGGUUGUCCAUGUUGGUGCUGUUCCUAACUUCCGGUUCGACCAAAGCAGGCUUUGCCUGUCUCAGCAAUCCAUGUGUUUAUGGGGUGUGCAUCGAUGAUCUAAAUAGCACAUACUCUUGCUAUUGCAUCGAUGGGUACACCGGUGUACAUUGCCAGACAAACUGGGAUGAAUGUUGGUCCGGGCCGUGUCUUAACGGAGGAACCUGCAUCGAUGGUGUCGCUUCCUACAACUGCACCUGUCCCGACGGUUUUCUAGGAUUAAACUGUGAGGAGAACUUCAACGAAUGCCAGUCCAAUCCGUGCCAGAAUGGUGGCCAGUGUCAUGAUAAGGAUAAUGCGUUCUAUUGCACUUGUGCGUUAGGUUACGAGGGCGAGUUUUGCGAGCUCGAUAUAGCCGUGUGUGAUACCGGCGAUCGGUGUCAUAAUGGGGCAGCCUGCAUCGAGGGACCCGGGCUAGAAUUUUCCUGCCGCUGUACGGAAGGAUUCGAGGGUCGGUUGUGCGAUGCAGAGAUCAACGAGUGUGCAUCGUCUCCCUGUCAGAACGGAGCGAUCUGUAUCGACAAGUUCGCCUCGUACGUUUGCGCGUGUCCGAUGGGUUUCAGUGGGACAAACUGCGAGGAAGAGAUAAUGGUCUGCGCGAGUUCACCGUGCGCCAACCAAGCGUUGUGCCUGAUGGAGGAAGAUUCGCCCACGUGCUACUGUGUGCCGGAUUAUCACGGCGAACGGUGUGAGCUGCAGUAUGACGAAUGUCAACUAGGACCUGAUCCGCGCUGUGUGAAUGGUGCCACGUGUGUGGAUGGUGUGGAUGAGUAUUUCUGUACUUGUGGGCCUAAUUUCACCGGACAAAACUGCGAGUGUCUCAUGCUGGAUGAGGACGGUCAGAUCGAGGUAGACUGUAACUAUACGGCACCAACAGCGAGCACGUCGGAAGCGGAAGAAAUUACCAAAUCAUCCUUCUACACGCCUACCAUGGAAUCGUAUCCAUUUUCGACCGAUGGCGUUUGGAAAUCGUCCACCGAUCUAUCGCAGGAAAGAACCACAAGCUUCCCGCUUUCCUCACAACCAAUAUCACCUGAUGCUACUGGGGAAUUUACGGAUCCUUCUGUGGAUGUAGCAUACAGUGAAACAGCCACUGGUAAAGGUGAGGGAACUGUGCCGUCUGUCGUACCGUCUCUCUUUCCAGCGAGCUCAGCAAGUGAUCAGUAUACUCCUACGUCUCCAAGUGAAGGUGCUACUGAUAGCAGCGUAGUGUCUCGUACUACUUUAUCAUCAGAUCCUGAUAUAAAGUCAACCUACGGGCUUUCAGGAGGGACAGACGCUACGAAAGAAAAAACGUCCGCUCCUGACACUACGGUAGGAACCGGCUACAGUACACAAGAAGUUACCCAGGAAGUUUCAAUCGGGGACUACUUCCCUACUGCGAAACCAUCGGCUAAGUUGCCUACCAGCGACGAUGGUUCUGCACCUUCCGAGUUCGGAACCACCCCAAUAGACGCACUAUUCCCUACAUCGGAUCUUCCCAGAGUGUCGACACUCACGCCCGAACUGAGCUCGUUCUUUACCGAAUCUCCCACAAAUCGAUCCGUUUCGCCAGGAUUACAAGGCGAAGAUCAAGUUACAGACACACCAACGUUCACAACCAAUGGAAUAGGCAUACUAACUUCGCUGCCGGAUGAAGCCACACAGGAGCGCCAUGGGAGCACCACUUCCCUCGCUCCAAUUAUCCCAGUAGCAACGACCACAACUACAACUCGAUCACCCGAAGUGAUUGAAGAGUGUGACGAUACUGUAUGCGCCAACGGUGGAACUUGUGCCAUGACCCCGAACGGUAUCCGCUGUCAUUGCGAUUUCCGUUACGCAGGACCCUUCUGUGAUGUACCGGUCAGCAUACAGAAUGCUGCCUUUUCGAAAGAGUCCUUUCUGCGCCACAUCAUUUACCGGCGGAACAGCUCAUCCGAUCCGAUCGGCCAGUCGAUGGAAACGCUCAAACAGUUGGCCUCCAUGUCGGUACGCUUUAAGGCCAAGCUCACGUCUCGCGAAGGGCUGAUUCUGCUGGCCACGGCGGAAGGCGACGAUGGCAAUCACUAUGUGGCGCUGUUCCUGCACAAGGGUUUGCUUCAGUUUCAAUUCUCCUGUGGGCUGCAGACAAUGCUGUUGAGCGAGAUAGAAGGCACGGUCAACAAUGGAUACGAGCUGAACGUGAAAGUGCAGUUAAACUUCAACGAUCGCUACAGCCAUUGCAAUGCAUCACUGCAUGUAAACGAAACGUUGGCCAUGAGUGGGGAGCAGCCGACCUGGCUUGGAAACGUCCUGCGCACAAGGCAGCAGCAAAAGGAGGGGCAGGAUGGUGGUCCCGGUGCAAUGGCAGCAUUAGCUUCAAUCAAGCAGAGCUGGUUACACCUGGGCGGACGUCCCAUCAAAACGAUGUACACCUUGAGCCACAACAUAUCGCGAUCUCACGGAUUUACCGGAUGCAUUUAUGACUUGGAAAUUAACAGCAUCCCGGCGGCCAUCUUCGACAACGCCGAAGAUGCGUACAAGAUUUACGAAUGCACCUCGUUGGCCUGUCUUUCGAGUCCCUGUCGCAACGGAGCGAUGUGUGUGGAAGCGGAUGGUUACGGGCUGACUGGGCAUCACUCUCUCAACUCUGGCAGCAACGCGCCACCAGGAACUGGCAGCGUUUCGUGGAGCUGCAAGUGUUCGUUCGGGUACAUGGGAAAAACGUGCGAACGAUCCGUGUGUGAUAACAAUCCGUGCCGGUUCGGUGGCACGUGCGUAACGUUUCCGGAAAGUGGAUACCUGUGCCUUUGCCCGUACGGAAAGCAUGGCCAUUUUUGCGAGCAUGACCUAGACAUUCUGCAGCCAUCGUUCUUCGGUAGCAUCAAGGGCAUUUCUUCCUACGUCGCUUAUCCGAUCGCCUUUCCGCUGGAAGAUCGGUUUGAGUUUAGCUUUAAAAUUAUCCCCACGACCACGGCCCAGAUUUCGCUGCUGGCAUUCAUCGGCCAACCGUACGACCAUCACGAUCAAAGUGAUCACUUUUCGGUUAGCUUCAUCCAAGGUUUCAUUCUUGUCACAUGGAACUUGGGGAGCGGGCCGCGAAGGAUAUUCACGCAGCAACCGAUACAGGUGCAAUCGUCCCGACCCACCACGAUACAGGCAGGACGAAAUGGACGCACCGCUUGGCUGUCGAUCGAUGGCAAGGUGAACAUUUCGGGAAACUCACCGGGAAGCAGCCGAAAGCUUAACGUCGCUCCACAGCUGUACAUCGGUGGCCACGAGGCUGUCAACUUUUCCAGCCUACCGCACGAUUUGCCCCUUCAUUCAGGCUUUCAGGGGUGUCUGUUCGACAUCCGGCUUGUCGCGGGACCGGUGCACAUUCCGCUGCAGCAUAUCGGAGGCAUGCGGGGCCGAAGCGUUGGCCAGUGCGGUACGAAGGAGUGCCAUCGACAUGCGUGCCAAAACAAUGGCGCUUGCUUGCAGCAUGGUUCUACCUUUACCUGCAUCUGUCAGGAGGAUUGGAAUGGCAUCCUGUGCUCGCAGAAGCUGAAUCCUUGCGAUGAAAGUGUCAGCAAAUGCGCACCCGGCGCUUCGUGUUUCCCAUUAGUAGCAGGCUACGAGUGCGAUUGUCCCUUCGGAAAGGUAGGCAAACGGUGCGAAUCAAAUCUUAAGUAUCUCAGCGACGUUUCCUUCUCCGGUCGACGAUCGUACCUGGCGCUGCGAUGGCCCAACACCGGCCUCGGAGACUGGUCCGCUUCGUACCGUGAGAACGAGGUUCGGUACGAAAAGAUCGUGCAGCAUUCGCACAUCAUCCCGCAUAACCAUUCGAUCCUGUUAAAAUCCAUCCGCGAGCUGGACAAGAUCAACGACGUGCUCAAGGUACUGCCGGAAUCGAACGAUACCGAGCAGUAUGCCGGCCAUUCGAUGGUGCCACGAUCGGGCAACUACCGCCAGCUGCGGAUAAGACAGCUGACCAUCGAGCUACAGGUUCGCCCGCUUUCGGAGAAAGGCCUCAUCCUUUUCGUGCGUACGUUCGAUUCGAACGCGCAGGAACAAGGAUUUAUAAGCAUCAGCUUGCAGGGCGGCGUGGUGGAGUAUCGGAUAUCUGCCACACGCACCCAAACGGCCGUAGUACGAAGCAAUCAUGUGCUUGCGACCGGCGAAUGGCACUUUAUUCGUAUCGCAAAGUACGGCAAACGUUUAACGCUGUGGGUCGAAGGAAAGAGCACCUCGAUCAUUGGCUCCGUUCGCGAGGAGUACGUGAGCCUUACGAAGCACCUCUACUUGGGCGGCUUGCCCGAUCUGUCCACUUUGCCGUAUGACGCCAUCUCGGGUUACCCCGUAUCGUUUCGGGGUUGCAUUCGGCACGUAAAUUUGAACGGAACGCGCAUCACGCUCAACGACAGCUCGAUCGUCGCUUCGCGCAACAUUAACGAUUGCGAUGGGACACCGUGCGGGGGGGACAUAUGUGCCCAUGGGGGACUCUGCUGGCUAGACGAACACUCGCAACCGCGGUGCAAGUGUCCCGAGUACUCGAAAGGGGUAAAUUGUGAAAUUCAAGAAUCGUGCGAAAUUGUGCAGUGCCGCAACAGUGGCCAAUGCCUACAGAACGGUCGCUGCAGUUGUGGCGUAGGAUGGACGGGCCAUUAUUGUGAGAUAGCAACCACCAAGUAUUCGUCGCUCGGAUUUAACGAUCGUAGCUACAUUCUGAUACCGUCGCAAAAGAUUAAAAUGAAGGACAAGCGUAAUGAUGACGGGGUCGGCGGUGCAGCUGGCAGCAGAUUGCCCUUGGGGCUGCAGAUUUCCUUCAACAUUUCCACGCUCGAGGACGGGAUGCUGGCGUGGACUACCGAUGAAGCUGGCAGAUACUUUGGCAUAGGGAUUCGCAAUGGUUUCCUGGUGGUCGUUAGCAAUAUGCUUGAGGAGGAUCCCUCGGACCCCGCCAACAACGGAGGAGCUGGACCCUGGAAAGCGUUCGUGGCCGAUGGUGAUUGGCACAAUGUGUUGCUGGAGACAAAAGCGCAUCAACUACACCUAUCCAUCGACGGGUACGAACUGCUCUCCGGAAAGCUCAUACAGAAUGUGCGAAAUUUGGAUUCCCGAGCGUACGAUAAGGCCGCUUUGAGCGAGGAGAUAACAUAUUUAGGAGGGUUCCCCGACGAGAAUGUGUACAACCGUACGAUGGGAAACUUUGCCACAUCGUUCAACGGAUGCAUCCAGCACAUUCUGCUAGGGAACCAGCUGGACGAGCUCGACUCUGCAGAGUACGAUGGAGCUAACAUCCAUGAGUGUGCAGUGUAAGCGUGUGUGUUUUUGUGCGUGUGUAGUUAAAGUGAAGCCCAUUAGCAAUCAGCGGAUAUACUUGUACGUAGCCUAAUUUUACCUCAUUUUUCAAUUGGAGAUCUAAAUCAUGCAGAACAUCACCACACACACACUUGUACAAACUUUCCUCACAACUGUGAACGCAUUUCACGAACCGGCAAAGGUGUAUUCGAUGACGAGCAUUCAGCAUUGGCGUACAACAACAUUACAGCAACCCGAAAACAAUGUAGCUCAAUCACUUGAGCUAUGAUGUAUGUAAGCCAUACAUAUGAUAAACCGUAAAACUCAACAAAACCAACAAUUUCCCCUCACCAUUUCACUGGUACUGGCACCGGAAAGCUCCACGGGAUGACAACAAAACAAACUGAACCAAAACAGAACUGUCAAACUCGAAAGAAUGUAAACAAACUCACACACACACCUGUGCACUUGAAAUCGCAGCAGGCCGUUACAGUUCAAAACACAAACCAUGUAUCGUUGGGUUUUACUGCAGCUAAUGAUUUAUUUCUUCUUACUAACAGUGUUUUCGCCAUGGUUUUCUUCUGAAUACAAAUUCCUACCGAGUGGUGCGCAACCAAGGCCCGGGUUCAAAUAAUAAAUAGAGUUGCCUACACAAAACCGCCUACACAAAUUCUAGCAUUCAAAUCCGCUCGGUCCACAAGGUGUGCUGGCCUGAGCCACCAACAACAGGCCGAAAACAGUACGCAUGGAAGACUCCUUCACGCUUGGAUAAUGCGCAUUUUUCGUACGCGUUAACACAUACAUUCUUUUCUUCUACUAACUACUGGCUUGGGGAACGGCCGCCGCUGUUGGCGUGUAAGAACCUGGGAGGGACGAUAUGCGAAUAUUGUAACUGUAUUCGGAUCUAUAUUCGUCUCAAUCUCGACCAUCUCUAGCCAGAACCUGAAACAUAGCUUUAUACUAAGUUAAGUCAGCAGUACGCCAAUCGGAGCGCUUGCGAAAGCGCCUUCCUUGUGGCACUAGCGAACGAAGAAACGAUCAACGAUAAGCAAAAUGCCGCAAUUUCUUAUAAAAUUAAUUUACGAUACGUGCUAUCGCUCAUGGUGUGAGGCAGUUUACAGAUAUCCUCUCUUCAUCUCACGCUUACAACGA